UAUGCGAUUGUGACAGACUAAUAAAUGCGGCAGCUUCAAAGGGAUAAGAAUCUAAAUCGAAUUUUGAAAAUUCGCUAAUAAUAAUUCUUUAAUCGACAAGAAAGACCCAGGAGCAAUAUUCUAAACAAACAUGAGUAUGAGUAUGGCACAACGUCCCACAAUGAAAGGCUGGUCCAUAAUUGGAAAAACCCUUCAAGCAAGAGCCUACCUUAGUACUGUAUCUCUUUUAGCGGGAUUAUACAAGGGUAGCUUAUCCUUUCGUACAGGCAAAGGUGGCUUCAAGAUUCCAAGAUAUCAAAACACUUACCGCCUUCAGCCUUACAAACCAUUCAAGUGCGAAACCGUAGAUUUAAUACUGAUCGAUGUGAUGCGGAAUUAUUUAACUGGUUUGAAAUAUGAGCCUCAGGUUUGCACCCGAAUUUGUCAGAAAAUGUCGGCAGAAGUGCGUGACAGAAUUUACAGAAAGUACUACGAUCGAUUCAAAGUUGUAAUUAUCAUGACAAUCGUCCAGAAAUUAGGGCAAGACGUGCACGUCGGUUUCGGCAAAUUGUGGGACGUUCAGAAAGAUACUUAUUCGACCCAUGUGAUCGAGACUCCGGAUUUCGCCGCGAUGGGACUCGUUGUGGGAACGUAUUACGAAUGAACAAAUUAAAACAACCAUGGACGAAGCUGGGUCAAUUUCAUGAUGAUAAACAACAAGCCCUGGAACAUAUCACAACUUCGAAUUAAAUAAAGACAAGGAGCGUUUUUCAAAAAUGGCAUACAAAUGUUAAAAUAAAAUUAAACAAGAAUUUAA